CAUUCGUUUUCGUUUCUUCAGCAGUCAGUCGAGAGUCACAAGAUUAAUCAAAAUACGUCUAAAUUUUGAAUUACCUAAAUUUUAUACGUCUGCUCUACGCUAAUAAUAAGAUCAUUAAGUCUUUGCUUACUGCAUUGUGUUAAUUUAAUUGUGAUAUUUUAUAUUAUCAAAAUGGGUUCAAUGAUAUUGGUUAUGUAUUUGUGAAUGGAGCCUGGAUUCAAAGUACAAAACAACUAAUGAAUGAUGCAGUCUGUAUACUGGACAGGCAGAGUGCUAUCACGUGCUAUUAGAAAUGGACUUACAAGUUUCUCGAGUGCUGCUGAAUUAAACGUUUCUAAAAAGAAACAUCCGUAUUUAGUAUCCGUAGUUUGUGGAUUUCCUAAAGACAUAGCUAAUGGAAGAUCCCAUAAGGGUCAAUUCGGAGACGACGCAUGGUUUUCCACAAAUUUCAACAAUGCAGAUGUCAUUGGUGUUGCUGAUGGAGUGGGAGGCUGGCGUGCAUAUGGAAUUGAUCCUGGAGAGUUCUCAUCAUAUCUUAUGAGGACAUGUGAGAGACUGGUCAGAAUGGGCCACUUUAAAAUGUCGGAGCCAGGGGACUUGCUGGCCAAGUCUUAUUAUGAACUUUUAGAACAUAAAAAACCCAUAUUAGGUAGCAGCACAGCAUGCGUAAUGAUCCUAGACCGCAGUGAGAGUAUAAUGCGUGCGGCCAACAUCGGCGACAGUGGUUUUAUGGUUGUUCGUGGUGGGCGUGUUGUGCACCGCUCUCAUGAACAACAGCACUACUUCAAUACACCUUAUCAAUUAAGUCUGCCACCCCCUGGACAUGAUCGGAAUGUUCUCAGUGAUAGGCCAGAAUCGGCGGAAACGGCCGAGUUCAAGGUGGAAUGCGGCGACGUGAUCCUCGUGGCGACGGACGGCGUGUUCGACAACGUGCCCGAGCCGGUGCUGGUGGCGGAGAUGCGUCGCGCGCAGGCGCUGGAGGGUGACGCGCAGCGCCUGCAGGCCGUCGCCAACUCCAUCGCAUGGAUGGCGCGCAACCUCUCCUUCGACGGGUGCUACAUGUCGCCCUUCGCGAAGAGCGCGCGACAGAAUGGCAUCGAUGCUAUAGGUGGAAAACCCGAUGACAUAACGGUGCUACUGGCUAUCGUAGCACUAUGAAGAUGUCACUUUGUGAUUUAUUAGAUUAUUUGAGGAACAGAUUUAGUUCAAAGUAAUUUCCAACAUUAGUUUAAACAACGACACCAAAAAAUUACAAUAUUGGUUUCUAUUAUAGUUAAUAAUAAUGUUGACAUAAUUUUCCGUUUUAAAAAAAGAAUAAAUUUUAAAAGUUUGUAAGAUCUGAUGCAAAACGAAUUUACCAUUGACAGACAGUCCAAGAGCACUAGUCACUCAGUGAUAUUUUUACUAUGCAGAAACGGAGUUUUUUUUACUGUUAUUCAUUUCCAUUACAAGUUUGUUGUUAGUUGUGUAUGUAUUGUAAUGUUUAUUCAUGAUAAAAACAUGUGUGGUGGUACCAAUAUAUUUGACGGAUGCUUUUUAAUGUAUGCAUAAAUGCAAAGUUUGUUGAUCAAAUGUGUAUAUAAAACUUGUAAACUUAGUAUGCAGAGGAAAUUUUGAGCAUGAUUCAAGUGCACUGGUUAAAAAAAUUAAAUGUAUGCCUCGGUUGUGUUGUAUCUAAGCUUUUUAAGGGAGGUUAUUCAUAAUAUCAAAUAUUUUUCAACUCUUACCCUCUAGUAAUUCCUGUAUAGCCUUAUACGACUAGAGGCGAGUAUGAUCAAAUAUGUAACCUAAGGUACAGAGGAAUGUUUAUAAAUAAUGUAAUUUAGUAAAUAAAAUAAAUAAUGUAAAAAGUGAACAUCGAUAUUUUUUGUGAUUUUUUUGUUAAUUGUAUAAAAUGUGUGUUUGAUGUUUGAAUGAAGACUGAUUAUUUAGCUUUAUUUGUUAAAAUGUCAAUUUGAGAUUUUUCAGCGAAGUUAUUACAACGCAACUAACAGAUCUUUGUAGUGUUAUUUGUAUUCUUUUUGUACAUUUUCAAUGUAAGCAUUUGUGUAUUUGUUUGACAAUUUGACACAUUUUACACUCAGUUUAUAUCUUCGUAUAUAUAUGUAUUUUGCUUUAUGCUGCGGUUGAGACUUAUGAUUGUCAUUCGUAUAUCUAUUUCUUAUUAUAAAUUAUGGAAGAAAGUUAUUAAAUUUUUUUAGCUACAUCUAAACUGUUUAUAUUUUUAUCGAGGAAUUUUGAAUUUAAUAAGACCUACCGGCACAUCAAUCUUUCUUUUUGUAUUCAUAUCAAAAUAUUACUAGCAUGCUUUUCCAGAUUUAGCGGCUGUUACAAAGCUAAUACACAAUUAUCCUUGUGCAAUAUGUACAAAGAUCAAAUUAAUAAUAUCCACCAAACAUAAAUAAUAAUUGAGUAUGACUUUGUCCCUGUGCAAAGGCGAGUUAGCUAGCAUAACAAGCAUAAGGGUCAAAACUUCAAUUAUAUGAUUAUAUAUACGGUGUUAUGAAUGGCUUGUACAUCUUGCAAUGCUAGUAUUUAUUGGCAUGAAAGGUAAACAUGUAUAACCAGGAGUGUCAUUCAUUAUAAUUAAAUAAUUAAAACCUCUGGGGUCAAUGAAUUCUAACAAAACUUGGUACACAUCAAAUUAGAACAUUCAUAUAUAAAAAAGCUCAUUGUUGGAAAAUGUAUUACAGUAUGAAGAUUAAUAUAACAUAAGGUGCAUUUUGGUUUACGACUGCAGUAGUCAAAUAUUAAUCUAUUGUGUUUUAUUUAAUUGAUUGAGUCAUGAGGAAUGAUGGAAAACUACUAUGUUAUUACUAUAAAUAAUAUGUUAAACUGACAAUAUGUUUGAUUUAAAAUUGUGCUAUUAAAAGGAAAGUGUGUAGAAAAAUUA